AUGGCAGAAGUCCGGGCUUCACUCUUAUCCACAAGGCAGUCAUCAAAAACGAAAGGUUUGAGACUGAAUAUCCCUAGGAUCCUUACUGUACAGACCUCUACAUACUGUAAGGCCCCCCCCCCCAGACCAGUUUUCAGUUUUUUCUGCAUCCCAGACGCCCGAAAAGCCAGGUCCUUCUUCACCACGCGGACGAUUCCAAUCCCUGACUGUUUCAGCGCUGCGAAGCCCACAUCCAAGACCAGCAAGGAAAUCUACGUGGGAAUGCAGGGUGCCAGCGAGUUUGUCUUCUCUGGCGUUCUGGGCCAUUUCAACUACACCCCACAGCUGCCGGAGAUCGCGAACCCGGUGCUCUUAACUUUCGGGCGCUACGACACCAUGCGGCCCCCGGUGAUCGAUGCGAU